CAGGGCACGCUUUCCUCGUGCUGUGUCACAGGCGUGCCAGAGUCCAAACAGCAUCAGGAAAGCACAGUGCGGUCUUCUCGCCAGGUCCACUAACAUCCCGUCGACCUGAGAAGACCGUCUGGCUGACUCCGGCGUGGGGCAGGGAGACAGGCUGUGCCUCUGUGGUGGGAGGUGCUGCAGAGACAAAGGAUGUGGGGAGUCAGGAGCCAAUCGGGGCCCCUGUGGGGCCUCGCGGGGGACGUGGUGCGUCAUGCAGCCGACUGUCAGUGUCGUGCGUGCUGUCCUAGGUGUAGGGGCAGAACCGAGGGAGCACAGAAAAGGGACCUGCCCUCUAGCCUGUCACGUGUUCCACGAGGGGCCCCUCAGAGGAGUGGGGACCCGACAGUAGCGGAGAUGGACAGGUUGUGAUGCCUCUCUCACACUCUGCAACCCACAGAGCUCGUGAAGCUCUGCCCUGCAGGAUGAGGGACCUUCAGCAGGUUGGUUUAUUCGUUUUCCUUCAUGUGAAUGGAUUCCAGGUCAGAGCCGGUAGGUUAGAGACAGAAAGAGAUGUUGAAGUUCUGGGAGCAACAGUGAAAUUUUGCAAAGCGUGUUCGUUCCCCCAAACACCCAUAUUUGAGCUCCUGCUGUGUGUCAGGCACCAUGUGACACUGUCCUAGUUUCUGGGGAUAAGCUCUGAACAGGUGGCUGAAGUUUUUGCGCUCAUGGCAGUUACACUGGAGCAGGCAAGAUGGACGGAAACCAAAUGAAUGAACGAGAUAGUUUCAUGUAGCAGUCAUCAUAUCCACGAAGCAAUAAGCGGUGAGGUGGUAGACGCCGACGGGGCUGGGGGGUGGGGAGUGGGCCAGCCCCUCCCUGCAAGCCGGCUUUCGGCAGCCACAGUGCCGUCUGACCGAGCCCAAGCUGGCCCAUAAAUUCAUCUUCACAGCCGUGUGCGUGGCUGGGCCGCUAUUCCUGGACCGUUUGUCUGUACAGAGGGAUUGGGGUUGAAAGGUCAGCUGAAAGCUUGGUCCUGGCCAACUGGGCUGUGUGCAGAGGCCGAGGCCAAGUCUGCUUGGGAGCUAUAUUCAGCUUGCCAGGAGCUGGUGGGGCUCAGCGGCCCCAGACACCGAGCAGCCUGUGGGCUGGGGCUCCUCACCCACACGGCAGCGACACUUCUCCCAGUGAACUAGAGGACACAGGACGUCCCGUGCCCUUGGUGUUACCACGGCGAGUUGGAGCUGGAACAAUCUGGAUAAUGGCAUCGUGCUGUCCUUGAGCGGGAUGGGGUCUGAGAGGGACGUCCUCCCGUGACCUGGGUCUGGGCUCAAUGUGGUCAACAGUGUCAGCAUUUCAGAGGACAUCAAGCCCUUACCAGGGCUUCCUGGGAUUGGAAACAUGAACUAUCUGUCCACUAGCCCCGGAUCUCUGGUUAAACACAUCUGUGCCAUCUGUGGGGAUCGAUCCUCAGGAAAGCACUACGGCGUGUACAGCUGUGAGGGCUGCAAGGGCUUCUUCAAGAGAACCAUAAGGAAAGACCUCAUGUACACCUGCCGGGACAACAAGGAUUGCCUCAUAGACAAGCGCCAGCGCAACCGCUGCCAGUACUGUCGCUACCAGAAGUGCCUGGUCAUGGGCAUGAAGCGGGAAGCUGUGCAAGAAGAAAGGCAGAGGAGCCGGGAGCGGGCCGAGACUGAGGCGGAAGGUGCCGGAAGUGGUCACGAAGAUAUGCCCGUGGAGAGGAUUCUAGAAGCCGAGCUUGCUGUGGAACCAAAGACAGAAUCCUAUGGUGACAUGAGCAUGGAGAGCUCCACGAAUGACCCUGUCACCAACAUAUGCCAUGCUGCGGACAAGCAGCUCUUCACUCUUGUUGAGUGGGCCAAACGCAUCCCCCACUUCUCUGACCUCACUUUGGAGGACCAGGUUAUUCUGCUUCGGGCAGGGUGGAACGAGCUGCUGAUCGCCUCCUUCUCCCACCGCUCGGUCUCCGUGCAGGAUGGCAUCCUUCUGGCCACGGGUUUACACGUCCACCGCAGCAGUGCCCACAGUGCUGGGGUGGGCUCCAUCUUUGACAGAGUUCUGACUGAGCUGGUCUCCAAAAUGAAAGACAUGCAGAUGGAUAAGUCGGAGCUGGGGUGCCUGCGAGCCAUCGUGCUGUUCAACCCAGAUGCCAAGGGUCUGUCCAACCCCUCUGAGGUGGAGACUCUGCGGGAGAAGGUCUAUGCCACGCUCGAGGCCUACACCAAGCAGAAGUACCCGGAACAACCAGGCAGGUUCGCCAAGCUGCUGCUGCGUCUGCCGGCUCUGCGAUCCAUCGGCCUCAAGUGUCUGGAGCACCUCUUCUUCUUCAAGCUCAUUGGGGACACGCCCAUCGACACCUUCCUCAUGGAGAUGCUGGAAACCCCGCUGCAGGUCACCUGAGCCCUACCAGCCACAGCCUCCCUCUGGGGGGGGGCCCUGGGCAGGAGUGUGUGGACCCCGCCCUGCACACGUUCCUCCACCUCCCACCCGCCCCCUUCCUGUUCCCACAAUGUGAUGCUUAUAAUAAAGAAACCUUUCUACA